AUGCUCAAACUGGGGAUCAAGGAGUACCAGCUCCAACCCAGCCGGACAGUGUUCCCCGGCAUCGUGCCGGGGCACUCCUGCUCCCCCUUCAGCAAGAUCCUAUUGGAUGUUCUAUUCGGCACCAAGGACCAUUUCCACCGCGAGCCAAUCUGGUUCAAGGUGGUCGACCUGAGCAACACGUUCCACGUGCUCCUGGGCUGGCCCGCGCUUGUCAUGUUCAUGGCGGUGCCCCACUAUGCAUACCUGAAGCUGAAGAUGUCGGGUCCCAAGGGACCAUCAGUUCAUCACUAUUGCCGGCAACACAAGAAGUCCCUCGAGUGCGCUGCAAAUGGCUCCUGGCUGGGCGUGUCCCUGGUCAUCACCAAAGAGAAGCGUCACCUCGACCGGCUUGUGGCCCGAGCAAGCGAGCUCCUGGCCAUGCCGACUCUGGACAAGCAGCCGGCCAACGAGGCAACAUUCCAACCGUUGAAGGAUACUAAGAAGACCCCGAUGGACCUGGCCAACCCGGACCAAUGCAUUGUCAUGGGCACCCGCCUCGAUAGCAAAUAG